AUGGGGCCCCCGCAAAGCGCGGAUCUAUCUGUGGACAUGGACUUUGCUGCAGCUCAGAGAGUCGCAAUCGACUGUCUACCCAAGUACAGCACUGGCUGUAAUUGGCAAGGAAACAUCAACGACAAGCUGCAGCCAAAGGCCCCGUCGCCCAGCCAAGGCCGAUCAUCAUCUCUUCGGAAACGCCAGGACACGACCACACAGGACACAGAAGCCAGUUCCUCAUCUUCUGAGCAGCUGUACAAGCGCCCAUCUCUGUCCUGGUUGGCUCGACUGCCGCGCCCCGAGCUGGGCUCCGUGCCUUACGGAGAGGUGAUCACCACCUGCAACGAGCCCGGGACCGUCGCCCUGACUUUUGACGACGGGCCCUGGGAGUACACCGAGGAGCUCCUCAACAUCCUGAGCGACUAUGACGCAGAGGCGACCUUCUUCGUCUGUGGCGGCAACAUGGGCGGCGACGGGCAGAUCACCGACUACGGCCACCCCCAUCUCCUGCGGCGCAUGGUCGACGAGGGCCACCAGGUCGGCACGCACACCUGGGCGCACGCGGACCUGACCACGGUCGACGAGUACGGCAUCCUCGACCAGCUCUUGUUGAACGAGCAAGCCCUCGUGCAGGCCCUGGGGCGGAUCCCCACGUACUUCCGCCCGCCCUACUUCAGCACCAACGACGACGUGCUGGACACGGUGGGCGACCUCGGCUACCACGUCAUCAGCGCGGGCGUCGACACCAACGACUGGAAGGGCGACUACGACGCCGCGCGGCAGGCCUUCAGCCAGGCGGUCCAGCAGGGCGCGUGGGAUGGCUCCAACGGCAAGAUCGUCCUGGCGCACGACAUCCACGAGCGCACCGUCCACGAGCUCGCCGCCUACAUGAUCGAGCAGGCCCGCGACGCCGGCUUCCGCCUCGUCACCGUGGGCGAGUGCAUGGGCGACCCGGAGGAGAACUGGUACCGCGACCCCAGGACCGGCGGACCUUGGGCGUUUGGCAGCUCUGACGACAGCCCGCUGGUCAAGCGGCAUGUGGUCCAUCCUAUCAAGGGGUUCCUGCCUUACCCCGAGCCCGCCGACAAGUCCAACGCACUCGUCGCUAACAGCGCGCACGUCAAGCGGGAUGUCGUCCCUCCUCCUUUUGAUGGGCAGGACAAGGAGUCUGCGGAGACGUUGAGGAGUUACUACCCCCCAACCUCCACUGAAGGCCUUCACAAAAAGCACCUCAUACCCGGGUUCCUGCCUUACCCUGAGCCCGCCGACAAGUCCAACGCACUCGUCGCCCGGGCAGCCGAGCCCUCCCAGUCUGUUGCUGCCAAUGUGACGCAGCCGGGCGUCGUCUCCGUCCCGCUGCGGAUGGUGCCCGGUGCCUGGCCCCUCAGCGGGGUCGGCUCUCCUUCGCCAAAGGCGACCUUCGGGCUUGUUCUGGCGCUGGCCAACAUGUUCUUCCUCCUCCAUUAA